GCCAUAGCCGUACGUGGUUGGAUUUUGGAAGCCAGACGGCAGCCUCCGACAAAAGGGCAGAGCAGAAAUCGAGGGAGCCAAACCCAAACCCAUACUCAUUCGGAUGACUUUAUCUCACCCAAUUCAUUCUUUAUUUCGAGAUUUUGAUAUCUCCCGACCACUGUCUCUGUCCCUGUCUUGCUUUCUUACUCAAUCGAUUUUUUCUUUUCCGAGGGUUUUAUAGAUCGGGUUGAAAUUUCCGGCGAAGAAUGGCGGUCCGGACAUCGGAGCUUGUGGUUCGGGUCGACCCGGCACAGAGCUUCGAUCGCGGUGCUUUGCUGCGCUACGCGAUCGCCAACGUUGAUGGCUUUCCUCCAAACCCUUCGCAACUCACCAUUUCUCAGUUCGGACACGGUCAAUCAAAUCCGACAUUUCUCCUGGAUGUGCGCGAAGGGCCUGUGAAGAAGCAGUAUGUCCUGAGGAAGAAGCCUCCCGGAAAACUACUUGACUCUGCACAUGCUGUUGAGAGAGAGUAUCGGGUUUUACAUGCCUUGGGAACUCAUGCACUGGUUCCCGUGCCCAAAGUCUAUUGCUUGUGCACCGAUCCGGAAGUGAUAGGGACUCCAUUCUACAUUAUGGAGCACCUAGAAGGACGCAUUUUUAUCGAUCCGAUGCUUCCGGGUGUUCCCCCGAGGCAAAGGAGAGCUCUUUAUCUUGCAACAGCCAAAGCUUUGGCAUCCCUCCAUUCUGCCGAUGUGAAUGCCGUCGGUUUGAGCAAUUACGGCAAACCAAAUAAUUACUGCAAACGGCAGGUGGAGAGAUGGGGCAAACAGUAUCUUGUUUCUACUGGUGAGGGCAAGUCUAAUAGAAAUCCAAGAAUGUUGGAGCUUGGCAAUUGGCUACAGCGAAACAUUCCUCUUGAAGAUUCGUCGGGUGCAGCCGCGGGUUUAGUACAUGGCGACUAUCGCAUCGACAAUCUUAUAUUCCAUCCCAUUGAGGAUCGAGUCAUCGGGAUUAUAGAUUGGGAGCUCUCCACUCUGGGAAAUCAAAUGUGCGAUGUUGCGUACAGCUGCUUGCAUUACGUUGCUGAUAUUUCUAUGCACAAAGAGGAGUCAACUGGAAUCCACGAUUUGACUGAAAUUCCUGAAGGAAUUCCUUCCCUUGCUGAAUAUAUUGCAGAUUACUGCAUUGCUGCGGGGAGGCUGUGGCCUGCUGCCAAUUGGAAGUUCUAUGUUGCUUUUUCUUUGUUCCGCGGAGCAUCCAUCCUCGCCGGCGUGCAUUGUCGAUGGAUCUUGGGCAAUGCUUCGGGUGGAAAACGUGCUCACAAUGCUGGAAAGAAGGCCGAUGAUAUGAUCGAUAUUGCGUGGAGAUUUAUUAAUAGAGAAUCACCGCUUCCGCCAAAUCCCCCUCGUGAAUUAGUUCCUCAACAACAAAGGCAACAAGCUGGAAAUGAAACCCGGGAUACCCUGCAGCCAAUCGGAGGAAGAUUUGUUCCAAGCCCGAAAGUUCAAGAAUUGAGAAACAAAUUGAUCAGAUUCAUGGAGGAUUACAUAUAUCCAAUGGAAAAAGAGUUCUACAAACUUGCUCAAUCUGAUAAGCGCUGGACGAUUCACCCCGAGGAAGAAAGAUUAAAGCAGCUUGCGAAAAAAGAAGGCCUGUGGAACUUAUUCAUACCGUUUGAUAGUGCUGCUCGGGUUAAAGAAAUCAUUGGCCGUGGAAGAAGUGAUCCUCUCGACACAAAAUUUGAUGAUCUGUUGGGCCCGGGACUUACAAAUCUUGAGUAUGGACACCUCUGCGAGAUCAUGGGCCGAUCUAUUUGCGCGCCGCAAGUGUUUAACUGCGGAGCACCGGACACCGGAAAUAUGGAGGUACUAAUGCGGUAUGGAAGUCCUGAACAAAUGCGUCGGUGGCUUAUUCCUUUGCUCGACGGAACUAUCCGCUCGGGAUUUGCGAUGACCGAGCCACAAGUAGCAUCCUCGGAUGCUACCAAUAUAGAGUGCUCUAUAAAGGGACAUGGAGAUUCGUAUGUAAUCAACGGGCGAAAAUGGUGGACAAGCGGAGCUAUGGAUCCUCGGUGCAAAGUUCUUAUCGUCAUGGGAAAAACCGACUUUGAAGCUGCGAAACACAAGCAGCAAUCGAUGAUCUUGGUAGACAUUGAAACUCCCGGCGUUACCAUAAAGAGACCGUUGACGGUGUUCGGAUUCGACGACGCACCUCAUGGACAUGCCGAAAUCACUUUCAAGAAUGUUCGUGUGCCAGCUGAUAAUAUCCUCCUCGGAGAAGGACGCGGAUUCGAAAUUGCACAGGGUCGGCUUGGGCCGGGAAGAAUGCACCAUUGCAUGAGGUUGAUUGGUGCCGCCGAACGUGGUAUGCAGUUGAUGGUUCAAAGGGCACUAAGCAGAAGGGCUUUCGACAAGCUAAUUGCGCAGCAUGGCUCGUUCCUUUCGGAUCUUGCUAAGUGCCGGAUCGAGCUAGAGAGCACAAGAUUGCUCGUUCUUGAAGCUGCGGAUCAACUCGAUCGUCUUGGAAACAAAGGGGCCCGUGGGAUAAUCGCCAUGGCCAAGGUGGCGGCUCCGAACAUGGCCCUGAAGGUGCUGGACAAGGCGAUGCAAGUGCACGGGGCGGCGGGGUUGUCAGGAGACACCGUGCUUGCUCAUCUCUGGGCUACUGCAAGAACACUGAGGAUAGCUGAUGGUCCUGAUGAAGUCCACUUGGGAGCCAUUGCCAAGCUCGAGCUCAACCUGCUGCUUAAUACAACACCAUCUUCUAAGCUCUGAAGAUGCUGUUUAUUGCCAGAAACACCACUUUCAGGUUUCAUAAUAUACUAAUACUAAUACUAAUUAUUAUUACUAAGAUUGAUAUAUAUAUAUAUAUUAUAUAUAAAUGUAUAUGUGUCUGAAGAAUAAGGGUGGUGUGUUGUAGAAUGAAUGCCAUUAGAAAAAGGCUUAAAUAAUGUGUAAUGACACUGGAGGCACAUUGUGCAGAUAUUUAAAAGUUUUAUUAUAUGAAAAAGAAUUGGCAGAAAUGAACUCUUCUGUUAGCCAUAUGAUAUAGAUUCGUAAGAUAUUAAUAAUAACUAUGAUACUAUUUUUGUUA